CUGUGGUAAAAGUGGUUAUCACUGUUUAGAGCAAUUUUAAUCACUUUUUAAAGUGUAGCCCUCCUACCCCUUCACUUUAUUUAGGGCUAUGUAUAAUUUGGCGUGCCUCCACUCAAGCAAAUAUGGAUACACCCGGGUUUGCUUGAGAGAACCCUACCUAAUAUAGGCAGUGGGUGUUGUGAGUGUGUUGCCGUAGCUAUAGAUUUAAUAUAGGGAGAUCGCCUCACCUGCGUUAUCCAGUAUUUUCUUGUUUUCCAGGUUGCCCUCACUGUACAGGACUCUCCAGGAUCAGGAUAUCGUGAAUUCACCGGACAAGCGACCUUAGGUGUCCCUUAAAGUUACCUGAAUGCUUCCCUUUCCAGUGAUAAAUGUGGAGCCAACACACCCUUUCAAGGUUGGAGACAGAGUCGUGGUAAAGGUGCUCCCCAGGAACAAGAGCCCAGGAGACUUCACCUAUGGUCCCGAGACAGAAGUCGUAGCAGUGACCAGAACAGCAGUCCUGACUGACGAGGGGCCCACUUGGAUUCAUGCAUCCCGAGUAAAGAAAGUUCCCAGACCAGACCUUGAAGAAGAAGCAAGUGAUUCCAGUGAGGUACGAACAGGGGCGGACAGCCCUGACCUCCCACCUAGCGAAGACAGAAGACCAGAGGAGGAUGAAGAAAAUGCCCCCUAUCUUUACCCUGGGAACUACCUUGAUAGCCCUACUGGCCCACAUCCACCUCACAACAUGUGAAGUUGACAUUACACACACCGACGGGGUUCCCACCUUGUGGUAUAAUUCCUCCAAUACACACGUAGCCACCUAUGUCCUAGACUAUUUUAUGUUCCCCAAGCUUGCUGACAACAAACAUUUCAUACAGCAAAAAAGGAAAUCAGGGAUGUCCGAAACAGUUUAUAUUUGUGUUACUGAUUCCUGGUGGGGAUAUAACUGUGAUUCCUGGGGAUCCGUGGGGUGGAACACGGGACUUGAUUGGGGGUACAGACCAUCAGACGCCUUAAACAGAUGGAGUCAACCUGAUGGAGUACCCCUACUCAAGAGACUGUCUAUCUUUAAGAUGGAUGAAGGCCCGAAUGCAUACAGGUUUAGACUAAACAUCCAACACCCUAGCAGAGCAGAUAAUGGUACCUAUGUAGUUGGGAUAUGGUGGAAAACAGGGUACUUUAGCGCAAGACAGAUCUUUUAUUUAUGGGAUAUGUUUAAACAUCCAGCAUACCAGUCCAGAGUUUCUCCCCAAGGUAAACCUUUAAGGCCUCAUAUUGCUACCUUUAAGGAUAUGGUAGCCAUUAAUAACCCCACUUUUGAAGACGUCCUAGCCAUUGAAACCGGUUUCUCUGACAUUAAUUUCUGGCUAGAAUGGAUGAAGUAUAAUGCUGCAAAACAUAAUAUGAGUAAUUGUUACGUAUGUGGCAAAUCUAGGCCCCACUUAGGUACAGUACCUUUAAACAUUCCUUUAGAUCAAGAAGGAUGCUUCUUUAGCCUAUACAAUGAUACUAAAAAUAAUGAUAGUCAGUGUGAAAUGUGGAAGAAGGAAUAUCCUAUAUUAUUAAAAAAUCCUAAUCCCGGAAGUACCAUAACCAUAUACCCCGGGAAUUAUACCUGUUAUGUAUCCAACACCACCAAAGGAAGGGAUUUAAAACCUUUCCCACCAGGGUAUUGCGCAGAAAGAAGGACAACUGUCCUAGUUAAUCAAACUAGAUCAUUAGGCGACAUCUACUAUAUAUGCGGGGAUAUGAAACUUAGGAUCAAAUUGGAUACGCCCUGGCAUGGUGAGUGUGCCCUGGCCAAAGUCAUAAUGCCACUUCUAAUGAUCACCGAAGACCACCCCACUCCUUCCUCUAAUUCCCCUAUCCUUCGGAAGAAAAGGACACUCCCAGGAGGUAGUUUUGACCCCCAUGUAUACAUUGAUGCUAUAGGGGUCCCAAGAGGGGUUCCAAAUAAGUUCAAAGCUAGAGACGAGGUAGCUGCAGGAUUUGAAUCUUUAUUCCCUAUAGUGACUGUAAACAAAAAUGUAGCGUGGAUUAACUAUAUAUAUUAUAACCAACAAAGAUUUGUUAAUGAUACCAAAGAGGCCCUUCUGGGAAUAUCUGAGCAACUAGAAGCUACUUCCCAUAUGACCUUCCAAAAUAGGAUGGCUCUGGAUAUGAUGCUAGCAGAAAAAGGUGGUACAUGCGUUUACAUCAACAAAGCCGAAGGAUGUUGUACCUAUAUCCCUGAUAACACAGGUCCUAACGGUAAAGUAACAUUAGCCAUACAGAAACUAGAGUCAUUAUCAAAAGAACUCAAAAGGAACUCAGGUGUUGAUAAUCCAUGGAGCCAAUACUUUGGAUGGGUUGAAAACUGGAAACAAGCCCUUAUACAAAUAGGUAUAUUUAUACUUAUUACCCUUAUUCUUGUUACCACUAUUGUUUACUGUAUUAUCCCGUGCUGUAAGAAGCUCACCUCCAAGGGUAUCGAUAAUGCCAUAAUGUACAAUGGUGCCCUGUCCCAUACUACUGAAACUGAGGUACCUGGCCCUGAGUCAUAUGCCCAGUAUCUAGUCCACUGGCGUGCAGAAAGACGUAAGCUUUGCAAGAAUCAUAUAGUAUAACAAUAAUGAUUCUAAGAGGGGAAUGAAAGGGUUAAAGCUCGUCUCUGCUUCACAUGUCAUAGAAUUGUUUGUGUUACAGAACUGUUUGUUCCAGCACAUUUUUUGCUACUGUCUUUGUCUGUUAUCUUUUUAUACCGUGUGAAUAACUUUUCUAUUUGAGUACAAAUUUGCCCAUAUAUGUAUAUCCUUCCGCUGCGGCAGUUUCUAGCCAAUCAUGUUAUGUUGACCCCCUUUUGUGUUCUGUCCAAUUAGUUAUUGACUUGGGACAUACACGCCCUAAAUCCUUUCUUUUAUAUACUUUUGUUAAACAAACAAUAAACAGUGUGAAUCUUUACUGCUUGUGUUUUGCAUGUUACUUGUAGCAAAAGGUUUACA